AUGGGUGCUGAAAUUACAAAGAAUGUAUUAUUGAUGUCUGUUAAAUCAGUUGGAUUAUUAGAUAAUAGAAAUGCAUGUUUAGCUGAUUUAGGAACAAACUUCUUUUUAAGAAAAGAACAUAUUGGACAUUGUAUUAGUGAAUCAACAUAUAAACAAUUCCAAGAAUUAAACAAUAAUGUUCCUGUUAGAGUAGAAAAACGAGAAUUAACAGAUGAAACAUUAUAUAAUGAUUAUGAUAUUAUUGUUCUUUGUUAUUUACUUUCUGAAAAACAGUCUAUUCAUAUUAAUGAAUUAUGUAGAAAAUAUAAUGUCAAAAUGGUUUAUGCUGUUAAUAGAGGACCAUUUACCAUGAUCUUUAAUGAUUUUGGAGAUAAUUUUGUUGUUUUUGAUUCAAAUGGAGAGACACCAUUAACUUAUAUUGUUAAUGAAGUUGUUGGAAACACUAUUCAAUUUAUUGAUGAAAAUUUCUGUACAUUAGAUGUUGGAAAUGAAGUUCAACUUGAUGAAUUUAUUGGAUUACCUGGAUUAAAUUAUUCAGAAAAUGGAGGAAAAACAUUUAAAAUUACUAAAAGAACAGCAUAUUCAAUUGAGAUUGGAGACUUAAGUCAAUAUGGUAAAUACAUUAAAGGAGGAAAAGUUACAGAAGUUAAACCUACUGUUACAUUACAUUAUAAACCAUUAAAAGAAAGACUAAAUGAACCAGGAGAAAUUACAUUUACUAAUAUGUCUAAAAUGGAAAGACUAAGAGGUUAUCAAGCAUUAUAUCAUGGAUUAAUGAUAUUUAUGGAUAAAUAUGGAAGAAGUCCAAAAAGUCAUGAUGAAGAAGAUUAUAAACAAUUUAAGAGUAUUGUUGAAGAACUUCACAUUGACUUAGAUGAAAAUAUUAUUAAGAUUUUCUGUUAUUGUAACAAUGGAUUUUUCUCACCAUUAGACACAGCAUUUGGAGGAAUCGCGGCUCAAGAAGUAUUAAAAGCAGCAUCAGGAAAAUACACACCAUAUUGUCAAUAUAUGUUUUAUGAUUGUCUUGAAAUUCUUCCAGACAACUAUUUAGAAUUACCAAAAGAAGAAUUUAAUGAUAAUGGAAGAUAUUCAGGACAAAUUGAUAUUAUAGGUAAAACUGUUCAACAAAAGAUAGAAGAUUUAUCAAUUUUCCUUGUUGGUUCAGGAGCUAUUGGAUGUGAAGUAUUGAAGACAUGGGCAAUGAUGGGAUUGAGUAGUGGAAAAGGGUUAAUUCAUAUCACAGAUAAUGAUAAUAUUGAAAAGUCCAAUUUGUCAAGACAAUUCUUGUUCAGAAACAAUAAUAUCAAUCAAUCAAAAUCCAAAGUUGCAAGUGAAGCAGUUAAAAUAAUGAACCCAGAAAUUCAUAUCAAAGAUUAUCAACUUCGAGUUGGAGAAGCUACAGAAAACAUUUUUACUAAAAACUUCUUCAAGUCAUUAAGUGCUGUUACUACAGCAUUGGAUAAUGUACAAGCUAGAAUGUAUUGUGAUGCACAAUGUGUUAAAUAUGGACUUGCUAUGAUUGAAGGAGGAACAACAGGAACAAAAGGAAAUACACAAAGUAUUAUUCCACAUAUCACACAAUCAUAUUCUACAGGAUCAGUUAGAGACCCAGAAGAAAAAAGUAUUCCAAUGUGUACACUUCAUAAUUUCCCGAAUGAAAUUGAUCAUACAAUUCAAUGGGCAAGAGAUAGAUUUGAAGGAUUCUUUAAAACAGAAAUUGAACCAGUCAAAAAUUAUAAAGAACAAGGAGAAAGUUAUUUGGAAUCAUUAAAGAAAGAAAGUCCAUUAGUUUUAUUAGAAAAUUUAAAAUUGAUUGUAGAAAAUGGAAUUAGUAAAGUUCCACAUAGUUUUAAAGAAUGUAUUGAAUGGGCAAGAGAGAAAUAUGAUAUAAAUUUUGUUAACACGAUUCAAAAACUCAUUACAAAUUUCCCAGAAAAUACAAUUACAGAUGAAGGAAUACCAUUUUGGCAUGCACCAAAAAGAUUCCCACACAUUUAUCCAUUUAAUAUUGAUAAUCAAUAUGCAAAAGAAUUUAUUAUUUCAGCAUCACUUCUUCGAGCAGAAAUAUAUGGCAUUAAAAAUGAAUUAAGUAAUGAAGAAAUUAUUAAAUAUGCAUAUUCAUUAAAAGCAUAUACAAGUGAAGAAAAGAAAACAGAAGAACCAGAAGCAGAAAUUAAAGAACUUAGUGAAGAAUUAAAGGGAAAAGAAAUUCCAAAAGUUAGUCCAAUAGAAUUUGAAAAGGAUGAUGAUAAUAAUCAUCAUAUUGAAUUUAUAACAGCAUGUAGUAAUUUAAGAGCAGAGAAUUAUUGUAUUAAACCAGCUGAUUUCUUAAAAACAAAGUUGAUUGCAGGAAAAAUUAUACCAGCAAUGAUUACUACUACAGCUGAUAUAUGGAUGCUACUGAACCAGAAGCAGUGA